ACUGCUUUACAGCAGCACUAAACAUGGUGUCCCAAUUUAGCGGUGUUUUGCAGUUGACAGAUCUAGAUGAUUUUAUCACUCCUUCCCAGGAAUGUGUGAAACCAGUCAAGGUGGAGAAGAAGCAAGGCAGAUCUGUGGCUAAAAUUCAAAUAGAAGAUGAUGGGAGCUAUUUCCAGGUUAAACAGGAUGGUGGAAAGCAGAAGCUGGAGAAAGCUAAGAUCACUCUGAAUGACUGCCUGGCCUGCAGUGGCUGCAUCACCUCAGCUGAGAGUGUCCUUAUCACACAGCAGAGUCAUGAAGAGAUUUACAGGGUGCUACGCAACAACAAGCAGGCAGGUGUAGCAGAGCAGAAGGUGGUGGUGGUGUCUGUGUCCCCACAGUCCAGAGCCUCCCUGGCAGCACGCUACGGCCUGAGCAGCAGUGAGGCAGGCAGGAGGCUCACCGCCUUCUUCAAGGGUCUGGGGGUUCACCACGUGUUUGACACCAGCUUCAGCAGGACCUUCAGCCUGUUGGAGAGUCAGAGAGAGUUUGUGGAGCGGUUCUAUCGGAAGGAGCAAGACAAGCAGGCCCUGCCCAUGCUGGCCUCUGCCUGCCCAGGUUGGAUCUGCUAUGCAGAGAAAACCCAUGGAGAGUUCAUCCUGCCCUACGUCAGCUCCACCCGCUCCCCACAGCAGAUGAUGGGCUCUCUGGUGAAGGGCUUCUUCGCUGGCCAGCAGGGCCUGGACCCACAGCAGAUCUACCAUGUGACUGUGAUGCCCUGCUAUGAUAAGAAACUGGAGGCCUCCAGGCCUGACUUCUACCUGGAGGAGGCUGACACCAGAGAGGUGGACUGUGUCAUCACUUCAGGAGAAGUUCUGAAGAUGCUAGAGGAAGAGAAAGUGUUGCUCAGCGAUGUGGAGCCAGCCCCAUUAGAUACAAUGUUCAGCAGUGUGUGUGGUGAUGAGUUGCUGGGCCAUGCAGGGAGCGGUUCAGGAGGAUACCUCCAUCACGUGUUCACACACGCUGCCAGACAGCUGUUUGGAGAGGAAGUGAAGGAGCUCACCUACAACACACUCAAGAACAAGGACUUCCAGGAGGUGACCCUGGAAAGGGACGGUGUGGUCGUGCUGCGUUUCGCCGCAACCUACGGUUUCCGCAACAUCCAGAACCUGGUGCAGAAACUCAAAAGGGGAAAGUCACCCUACCACUUCGUAGAGGUCAUGGCCUGUCCGUCAGGUUGUCUGAAUGGGGGAGGCCAGGUGAAGCCCUUACCAGAGCAGAACAACAAGGAGUUGCUGCAGCAGGUGGAGGAUCUGUACAAGGAGGAGCGCCCUCUAGUGCCAGAGGAGGACCAGCACGUGGCAGAGCUUUACCAGUCCUGGCUACAGAGUGUAGGAGAGGAGAGAGCCAGGGAGCUGCUGCACACACAGUACCAUGCAGUGGACAAGGCCACCAACGGACUCCUUGUCAAAUGGUGAAGAAGAGGGUGAAAGGAUGUUGAAGGGUUUCUGUAAGUGAAUGGUCUGUCCUCAAGUGUCAGGGUGCAUCUCAGGUGUCUAAAGUAGACUCCUCUGUUUCAUCUCCAUUGAGUUUAACACAGGUUAGGUGGAAGCAACAUGGCCGGUUCUUGUUGGGUAUUUUUGGUCACCUGUCUUAGUUUUUUAAUAUCAGUAGAAAUAAAGAAAAAGGCAUGAUGCACAUACAUUUUGUCUAUUGAGAUGCAUCUCUAUUCUAGGAUUAUUUGAACCAUUUGAGUGAAAUCACAAAACUUGACCUUGGGUUAAUGUUUAUGCUCCAUCUGUACUGGAUGACUGAAUUUAGCACUUUCCUUCACCGUCUUUGUCUCUCUCGUCUCUCUCUGCUUUUAAUGACCCCCCAUUUCUUUUCUGUCUAUCCAUCCCUCUUAUCUAUCCUUCUGUCUGUGCUUAAAGGACUGUCUGUCAGAUCAAAUAGAGCAUUAUCGCCAAGUGCUUAAUUACUGUGGUGGCCUGUCAAUUAUUUAUUUGAAAAUAAAAGAGAGCCGCACACUAGGAGCUCAGAUGCAAAUAUUUGAUGAAGACAGCUUGGUUGUCGAAACGUUGGUAAUUCAAUUUUUGCAUCUGAGCUCCUAGAGUGUGCGGCUCUUUUAUUUAAGUUUUCUACUCCGCUAGCCAGCACCGAGCCAGCACCUAGCCAGCACCUUGCCUAAAUAGGUGUGCGUUUAUUUUUCUUCUAGAUCUGUCAUUUAUUUAUACCAACAUAAAGCCUGUAUACAUUCAGGCUAUAGAUUAUAUACGCACAAGCUAAUUCAUACCAGACCACUGGUAUGGUUGGACAAUUAUUACUACAUUUAAGUGUGCACUAAUUAUGAAUACAGCAGCAAAUUCUGUUAUUUCUCUUGUAUGCACUGAAAAGUAUUUGGAUUCUUGAAAUGUUUGAUGGAAUUCUAAAGAAAUAUUUUAGUUUAAUUGUAUAUCAUUUCUGCCUUAUAAUAAAUCUGAUACAUAUUUUGCAUAUUAAAAUGUUAGUGUAACUUUCAAGUACGUUAUUCACCAUGAACCAGCAGUCAUUGAUAUACAUACUGACACGAUACUAAGGAACAGUUUUAGCUGUAGAAAUAAGCAUAUACUUUCAAUAUUUACAUUCAUGUUUUCAGUGUUUUCUUCCUUUGUAUGGCAUGGUGAGAACAAGAGGUACAUACCUUCAUACGGUAUGCUGUCAGUUAAGCAGCUAGGUUCAACCAUUUAAUAUGGACUAAGUAAUAUUGUCAAAAUAUAUUGCUUAUAUAUUCAACUACAUGUUUAGCAGCUCUUUUGAUGUAGAUAUGUGAAAUGUUAAUACAGAAUGUCAAGCAAACAUCACCGUUUUACCCUAAGAAUUCUGCAAGCGGGUAAUAGUCAUUAGGGAAAUGAAUCUCACAUAUGAAAUGAAUUGUUAGGCCAACAAUAGAAACAAUCUGCUUUAUUGCUUUUUCUGUGAAGGAGACAAUGGAGCUUUUAAUAAAACCUAUGCAUCACAAACUUCA